AUGGCGCCUUGGGCGCUGCUCAGCCCUGGGGUCCUGGUGCGGACCGGGCACACUGUGCUGACCUGGGGGAUCACGCUGGUGCUUUUCCUGCACGACACUGAGCUGCGCCGGUGGGAAGAGCAAGGGGAGCCGCUCCUGCCCCUCACCUUCCUCCUCCUCGUGCUGGGCUCCCUCCUGCUCUACCUGGCGGUGUCCCUCAUGGACCCUGGCUACGUGGACAUGCAGCCCCAGCCCCAGGAGGAGCUCAAGGAGGAACACAUGGCCAUGGUCCCCCAGGUGGCUGUUCUUCGGCGCUGCAGAUACUGCCUGGUGCUGCAGCCCCUGAGGACGCGGCACUGCCAAGAGUGCCGCCGCUGCGUCCGGCGGUACGACCACCACUGCCCCUGGAUGGAGAACUGUGUGGGGGAGCGCAACCACCCGCUCUUCGUGGCCUACCUGGCUCUGCAGCUGGUCGUGCUCCUGUGGGCCCUGAACCUGGCCUGGUCCGGCCUCCGGUUCUUCCAGCCCUGGGGGCAGUGGCUGCGGUCCAGCGGGCUCCUGUGUGCCACCUUCCUGCUGCUGUGUCUCUUCGCCAUGGUGGCCGGCCUGCUCCUGGCCUCGCACCUCUACCUGGUGGCCAGCAACACCACUACCUGGGAGUUCAUGGCCUCACACCGCAUCGCCUACCUCCGCCAGCGCGCCAGCAACCCCUUUGACCGCGGACUGAUUCGAAAUCUGGCCCGCUUCUUCUGCGGAUGGCCGUCGGGCUCCUGGGAGACCCUCUGGGCUGAGGAGGAGGAGCAGGAGGAGGGCAGCUGCCAGGCAGUUUAGGGUCACUGGAGGCAGCCACCAAAGCCCGAAGGGCUGCACGCACCCAGCAGGUCUGCCCCCAGAGGGCAUGGCCCUCACACCUGCCCACUUCCUCUCAGGCCUCACUCAGCCAGCGAAGGGGCAGGCUCCCUGCGCCAGCGGCAGCGUGGCCCUCCCUCCAGAGGAAGGAGAGGGAGAAGACCUGUAAGGUGAAGGUGCUGGAGCCCAAAUGGACUCUGGGCUUCUAUCUCCACCUCCCUGCCCCCCAAGCAGUUUUUCAAGUUUAAUAAUGUGUAAAGUAAGUAUUGAGAAAAUAAACCAAGCCACUCCUUUGGCA